AGCGAACGCAGAAGUUGCUCCGCUUUUUUGUCUUUUGCAAGCAGUCCAACUAACCGCCGAGAAAUCUCGACCGAAGAGCGGCAAACAAAACGCGGGAAGAGAGGAGCACCCCGAUCGUCGGAAGGCGUCUCCCCUCACCCCCUUCUCGGGCCCAACGGGUGGUCUCCCCUCCGCCUACCGCUCGCCCCAGGCUCCCUCCUUCCUGCGGGCUUUGCAAGCCAAAGGACGGCCGGGGCCGCUGGAGAUCAUCAUCAUCGGCAGCAGCAACAGCAUAGGCGGCGGCGGCGGCGGUUCCAUGGAUCGGCUGGGCCGGAUGGCGCUGCUCUGCGCUCUGCUGUUUCUUUUCCCGCCGCCGAGUCCGGCUCAAGAGGAGCCGUCGUGCGGGGCCGCUUUCGACCUCUACUUCGUGCUGGACAAAUCAGGGAGCGUAACCACACACUGGUCAGAAAUUGUUGAAUUUGUGAAGCAGCUGACAGAAAGAUUUGUGAGCCCUCGGAUGAGAAUAUCCUUCAUCGUGUUUUCCAUGCAAGCAACUGUGAUUCUGUCACUAACCGAAGAUAGGCAAAAAAUUCAGAAAGGCAUUGAAGAUUUACAGAACGUUAAGCCAGGAGGUGAAACAUAUAUGCACGAAGGAUUACAAAAAGCAAAUGAUCAGAUUGCAAAAGCAAAAGGGUCCAGUAGUGUAAUCAUUGCCUUGACAGAUGGAAAGCUGGAAGGCUUGAUCCCACUGUAUGCGGAAAAAGAGGCAGAAAAUGCCAGGUCCAUGGGAGCUAGAGUUUACUGCGUUGGAGUCCUCAAUUUUAAUCAAGACCAGCUCGAAAGCAUUGCUGAUUCAAAGGAUCAAGUCUUCCCAGUAAGAGAAGGUUUUCAAGCCCUCCGAGGGAUAAUUAAUUCGAUACUGAAGCAAUCGUGCACGGAAAUCUUAAAUCUGGAACCCUCAAGCGUUUGUGUAGGAGAGGAGUUCCAAGUCGUUCUAAGCGGAACAGGAUUCACCUUGGGGAGGACACCCGAGAGUGUGGUCUGCAGUUAUAUGGUAAAUGGAACAACCAUGAAUGUAAAACCAGAAAAAGUGGAAUCUAAUUUCAUGCUCUGUCCGGCACCCGUUCUCCAUGAGGUUGGACAAACAAUGGACGUGUUUGUCAGUUUGAACCAAGGGCAGUCGCUCAUUUCCAGCUCUUUAACCAUUACCGCAACAGAAUGUACCAAUGGCAUUGUGGCACUGAUCAUUAUCCUCAUUUUGUUACUGUUGCUGGGGAUUGCUGCUCUAUGGUGGUUUUGGCCCCUAUGUUGCAAAGUGGUUAUUAAGGAUCCUCCUCGACCCCAGCCUUCCGUUCCAAUACAGGAGGAAGAAGAUCCUUUGCCUUCCAAAAAAUGGCCGACAGUGGAUGCUUCCUACUAUGGUGGACGAGGAGUUGGUGGGAUUAAAAGAAUGGAGGUUCGUUGGGGUGACAAAGGGUCAACUGAGGAAGGAGCCCGGCUAGAGAAAGCGAAAAACGCAGUGGUGAAACUGCCCGAGGAAGGAGAUGAGCCAAUUCUAAAUAGACCACCAAAACCAAAGCCUACCUCACUGCCUUCCCAGGAAAAAUGGUACACGCCUAUUAAGGGUCGACUGGAUGCCCUUUGGGCUUUGCUAAGGCGGCAGUACGACAGAGUGUCUUUGAUGCGACCGCAGCAAGGAGACGAGGGCCGUUGCGUAAACUUUACCAGAGUGCAGUCUCAGUAAAACAAGGAGAGGGGAGAAAAAACAAAAAGAAAAGCCAUCAUUUUUUUCAUUAUUAUUAUUAUAAUAACCAAAUGAAGACAUUGAGUGAAGCACUUCUAAAGAGAUCCUCAGAACGACUCUUAGCUCCGAGCUUGGAAGUUUAUUCCAUUUGGCUCUCCCAAAGUCAUCCACUGCCACCUUAAGCUCUUCCAUCUGCCAUUAUCUUUCAGCUUAUUGCUUCCUACAGUAUUCCUUACAGUAUUAUACACUCUGCAAGUGGCCACAGGAAGAAUGUUGGCGUUGUGUGUCUAGUUUUCCACAGCACAGGAAACCACGAACAAGUGCCUGAAUCAGGUUUGCCUUUUCUGAUGUUAGCACUCAAGACUUGAUGGGCCUCUUCCCUGAGGUGCUCUUGUCUUAGGGCCAUGAAGACGGAACUUAAUAUUUAAAUAUGAAUGUAUUUACCCCAGGGAAGAGAGCAAAAUUCCCACCGGGCUGGAAAAGAAAAAACAAACAAACCACAUCACAGAAGGGAGUUCAUUGCCCUACAGCGGUGUCAUCUCAUGGAAAUCUUUGGAGUCUCGGUCCACGUUCCCCCCGCUCUCCCACCCGGUUAGAUUGUGCCUUACGGGAAAGCUCUGACUUUAAAAUCUUGUCACUUUGACGCUGCGCAGUACACAUGUACGACCAAACGCAGUCGUGGUGCCUGCGAGGUAUUGGUGGCGAGCGAAACUUUUGCCCUCUAGUUUCCGAAGACACCUUUCUUGUACAUGAUGCACCCGGGACUAGAAGAAAAAUUAAUAGAGCGUUAUUCUCCAGGAAGACCGCCUGGAACCAAAGAUCUUGAGUGGAAAUCGAGGGCGCUCAGGCGUCGAGGGUUGUGCACUGCGCCUAAUUGUGUAUCUUCCCCUUUUCUGCACUCGGUGCUCAGUAGCGCAUAAAAACAUUGUCCUUUGUAAACAUA